AUUAUAUUGAAAUAACCAUCUCUCAUCAACUCCUGACCAGUUCCAGUACCUCCGUGCUAAUGUGUUAAUAAAUCUCGUACAAAGCAGUAUUAAAAAAUGUUGUGGAUUUUUCUAUUAAAUGUUGCGUUUUUUGCCGUAUUACCAGUCAAUGCCCAAGUGUCCGAAGGCGUUCCCUGUGAAACCCCGGACGAGGAAUACGGCGUGUGUAUAAACAUCUACAACUGCACCCAACUGAUCAACCUCCUCGUGGCGCAACAAAACAACCCCCAAGUCCGCAACUUCCUCAAAUCGUCCACUUGUGGCUUCAUCAACACCGUCCCUUUAGUAUGUUGUCCCCAACCCAAGACCACCAGUGCCCCCCUGAUCUCAACCCCCAAACCGACCCCCACCCCCGUCGUGACCGACAAAUCCAACACUAUCACCACGCUGCCACAACAGCCCCACUGCGGACUCAGCAACCACUCCAACACGAGGGUUGUCAACGGCCAACCUGCCAAGCUAGGUGAAUUUCCAUGGCUGGUUGCGUUGGGUUAUAGGAAUUCGAAGAAUCCAAAUGUGCCAAAAUGGCUUUGUGGGGGGUCACUCAUCACCGAGAAACACAUUUUGACAGCUGCCCAUUGCGUGCAUAACCAGCCUACUCUUUAUACGGCCCGUUUGGGGGAUUUGGACCUUUACUCCGACGACGAUAAGGCCCACCCUGAGACAAUCCCCCUUGUCAAGGCCGUAAUCCACGAGAAUUACAGCCCUGUCAACUUCACAAACGAUAUAGCAAUCCUCACUCUUGAAAGGAGCCCCCGUGAAAGUACGGCUUCCCCAAUUUGUCUCCCCUUUGACGAGCCGGUCCGUAGUCGCAAUUUGGUGGGUACGUACCCCACAGUGGCCGGUUGGGGCUCCUUAUACUUCCGGGGUCCCUCGAGCCCCACUUUGCAGGAGACGAUGCUGCCUGUGAUGGACAACGGGUUGUGUAGUCGGGCCUAUGGCACGAAAUCUGUUAUAGAUAAGAGGGUUUUGUGUGUGGGGUUCCCCCAAGGGGGUAAGGAUGCGUGUCAGGGGGACUCAGGAGGGCCCCUUAUGCACCGACAACCCGAUGGCGAUUUUAUCAGGAUGUACCAAAUCGGGAUUGUUUCGUAUGGCCUGAGAUGUGCCGAAGCCGGAUAUCCGGGAGUGUACACACGAGUCACGGCUUUCUUAGAUUGGAUUCAAAAAAAUUUAAACUAAAAUGUGAUCAAAACUGUGAAAAUACGAGUAUUUAAGGAUGUCAGUGCCGAAGCCUUGUCCUAUUUUUCUAAAGAAUGCUUUAUUUACUCAACGUUCACUUUACGUGAGUGAUUGUACUUAUUUAUGAAUAAAACUUCG